AUGCCCUCCUUCUCCGGCACCACGCCCGAGUCCAUGCUCGCCCGCAACGACUCGCUCAACCCCGAAGCAACAUGCCGCGGCAUCACCUCCAACGGCCGUCCCUGCCGCCGCCCCCUCCUCAGCUCGCCCGGCCACUCCCAGCAGCAGACGCAGACGCGCAAGAAGAACAACAACGCAAAGCUCGCGCCGUCUCCCUCCCCCGGCGGCGGCGACGACACGGAGGACUCGUACUGCUGGCAGCACAAGGACCAGGCCGGCCGCUCCCGCAAGUCGAGCCCCGGCCCGCGGCCCUCGGCGCAGCACACCGCAGGCAUCGCCGAGGAGCGCUCCAGCCUCGACACGCUGGCGGAUCGCCUGGGGCUGGUCGACAUCAACGCUGCCCGGCCCGGGCGGUACGACCCCGAGAAGCUCGGCGACCAGCAGCGGCCCAGCAAGCCCAAGUCCAGCACCACCUUCUGCUUCUGCUUCAGCAUCCCCUCGUUUGACGAAGACGUUGACGAGGCCCCGCGGCCUCACCAGCCCCGGCCGCAGCCGCAUCCCGUCCAGCCGCAGUACGCCCGGCCAUCGACCUCGUCGGCGCGCCCCUCGCAUCUGCUGCACCCCCCUCAUAAUUCUUCUUCGCAGGGGCCGGCCGGCAAUUCGCACUCGCGCCCGUCCAGCUCCUCCGCCCCGACGGCGUACCACCUCAAGUCGCUCAUCCCGGACUCGCUCGACGCCGUCACCACGUCCGCCCUCAUGACGGAGGUCUCCAAGCCGCCCUCGGACGCCGACGAGCCGGGCUACAUCUACAUGUUCUGGCUGACGCCCGAGUCCGCCUCGGAACCGGCCCCCGUCGACGCCGCAAGGGACCUCCUCGCGCCUCCUCCCCGCGGCGCCGGCGGAGCAGCAGCCAGCAGGCGGCCCAGCGACGUCGUCUCCGCGUUUGCAAACCAGGGCAAGAAGUCCAACAGCAGCAGCAGGAGCCCCAACAAGCCAAAGACGAUGCUCCUCAAGAUUGGCCGCGCGGCAAACGUCCAGCGCCGCAUGAACCAAUGGUCCCGCCAGUGCGGCCACUCGAUCCAGCUCCUCCGCUUCUACCCAUACAUGUCCUCGUCCUCCAACCCGGCCUCGUUCGACGCCACCGCCGCCUCGCCCCAUCCCACGCCGCACGUCAAAAAGGUGGAACGGCUGAUUCACAUUGAGCUCACGGGCAUGGGGCUGCGCGCCGAUCUGGGCGCGUGCGAGACGUGUGGGCGGGAGCACAAGGAGUGGUUCGAGGUGGAGGCUUCGAGGGACGCGGUGCGGACUGUGGAUGAUAUUAUUCGGAGGUGGGUUGGCUGGGAUGAUGGACGAUGA